AUGACGUAUCAAGUCAGCUACUGCAUAUAUACAGCUGCUACAGUUGAAGCCGAAGAGCUGAAAAGAGCAUCAACUGGUAUCGAGAGAGAAAACGCGGCAGCCAGGCUUGCAGCCGCCUGUCGUAUACUCCAGCAGGAAGCUUCACAUACCCCCGGAAGCGGAAGAAGUCUCGAUACCAUUCGUCGGCUAUUGAGCAAAGGGCAACCCCGAGUUGUAGGCGUUGGCAACAACUCGGAUUGCAGACACAAUGCUGCCUCGAAUUCUUCUGAGAACUCCCAUCAAAUUGAUUCGCGUCAGACAGGGUCACUGAACCCACGAAUGGGUGGUGUGCAAAGAGGGAAUAUGGGCCGUCAUAUCACUUCGACUAGAAAUCACCCGGCGGCACAAAAUGCCUCACAGCUUUCUUCUGCUAUCGAUCCAGAGGUAGAUGAGAAUGCGUUCUUCACGGAGGGGGGCAGCUGGAGUAACGAUGUUAGUUACGGUGGGACAAACACAGGGGCCGGAUUUCAACCGGACGCGUUCCCAUGGGGAGUUGCAGAUCACAUCUUGGGCGAUUCUGGCAUGUCGUUCUCCGGCACGAGUCUAGUUUGGCCAUCUGGAUCCCACCUCGAUGGCUUCUAA